GCCUGGAAAAGAAGUGAGGAAUGGGAUGAGAGGGUGCGCUUCUGCUGGGUGUGUGGUCUGAGGACGCAGGUGAGACUCCGAGGGGCGGAGCCAGGGACGGUGGGAGGGAUCCGAGUCCCGGGCCAGGGUUCCAGAGGCCAGCUGCGCGGUGCGGUCAGUGGAAGCGGGAGCUGGGCCAUGCGGGUGUCCCUGGGUGCGCUGGCGGGCGUAGCGGCGCUGGCUGGGGCGCUCAGCUUCGUGCUUCUGGCGACCGCCAUCGGCACCGACUUCUGGUACAUCAUUGACACCCAGCGGCUGGAGAGCGCCCGCCUGGGGGCUCAGGGCGGUGCGUGGGGCGCCAACCACAGCGAGCUCGAGCCUUUGAGCUCGCACUCUGGUCUCUGGCGGACCUGCAGGGUCCAGAGCCCGUGCGCGCCACUGAUGAACCCCUUUUGGCAGGAGAACGUGACGGUCAGCGACUCUAGCCGCCAACUUCUCACCAUGCACGGGACCUUUGUGAUUCUGCUUCCACUCAGCCUGAUCCUGAUGGUGUUUGGGGGGAUGACAGGGUUUCUGAGCUUCCUCCUUCGAGCCUCCCUCCUCCUCCUGCUCACAGGGACCCUCUUCCUCUUUGGAGCCCUGGUCACCCUCGCCGGCAUCAGCAUCUACAUUGCAUAUUCUGCCGCCGCCUUCCGGGAGGCACUGUGUCUCCUGGAGGAGAAGGCCCUCCUGGACCAGGUGGACAUCCGCUUCGGCUGGUCCCUGGCUCUGGGCUGGAUCAGUUUCAUCGCCGAGCUGCUCACUGGGGCAGCCUUCCUGGCAGCGGCCCGCGUGCUCAGCCUGAGACGGAGGCAGGACCAGGCCAUCUGAGCCUGGGUGCCUUGUGGAGGGAGGGAGGCUGGCCUCGGGCCUCAUAGACCCACCUUGGUGGGCUCUGGCCUCUUGAGCCAUCAAGACCACCAGUGGAGGCCAGGCUGUGGACUGAGCUCUGGACCUGGCUGUCAUCCUAGAGCCUGUGUUGCCUGAGACGGUGUGUGCUGUGGGCUUAAGGAGGCCCAGGGCGUGCAGAACCAGUAAAUUAACAAGAACGAAUGCUCACCCAUAAACAGAACUUUACAGAUUGUAACCUCCAUGUACCUGCUCUGGCUUCAUUUCACCCUCACCUCUGCCCUGUGGAUCACCUUCUCUUUUUUGUUAAGGAAAUGGGAGACCAGAGAGGUUAGGUGAGCUGCACAAAGAUGCCCAGUGAGCUAGUUGCAUAUUCCUCUAUCCAGAACAGUGCCCAAUCCUUUAUCACAGCUUUUCUGAUCAGGUUCAUGGCUAGAUGUGGUUGCCCUGCGUAACUCAGACAGGUUAACUGACCAAUGGCACAGAGAGAAAGGGAUGCAAAUAUAACUGAAAUUCAGAUCUGCCUGAUUCCAAGAUGACUUUCUUUCCACUGCUACCAAUUCCUGUGCCACUCAAUUUUCUGUCUGUGUUUGAGUUAGGACGUGGCUGCUGCUUCCUGUGUAGUCUGGAAAAGCACAGACUGAGUGGAUUGCUCACAAAGCCCAUCCUGGGUGAGUGAACGUGGUUGCAAAAUCAGUUACUGGGCUGGAGAAAAGAAAGGGAAAAAUUUUUUCUCCAAGUGAGGUCAACCACUGCUGAAAAGGUGGUCUUUUCUGCCACCUGCUGGUCAUAUUAUUGAACUGCGCCAGAGAUAGGCUUCAUUAAUCAGUCCCCAUAUAAAAACAUAUGUUUUCAGCCCUCUGGGUGCCCAGCAAUGACUGGGGCAAACACUGCAAGGCAGGGGUUCUCAGCUGGGAUGAUACCUGCUCCCUCCAAUCUGAGACAUUUGUCUGGAGACAUCAUAUUUGGUUGUUACAACUGCAGAGGAGUGCUACUGGCAUCUAGUGGGUGGCAGCUGGGGAUGUUGCUCAGCAUCCUACAGGUCAGGUUGUAGGAUGGCCCUUGCAACAAAGAAUGGCCCAGUCCCGCAUGUCAGUGGUGCUGAUGUUGAGGCAUCCAGCUGGGGUAAUGAGAAUAAAUACGAAAAGAGACCAUGUGUGUGCCCAUGGAACUUGCAACUCGUGGAAAAGAAUCCCAUUUGUUCAAUAAAUAUUAACUAAACA